GGCGGGAAGAACUGGCGGGAAAACCCACCUACCUUCUCCCUUUUAACGCGGGAACUGAGAAUCCCUCAAGCCAAUCGGCCAAACAGAGAGAGUGAGAGAUAGAGAGAUGGGAGGUCCACCGUACGAUUGCUUGGCGAAUCCCCUAGGAGCCGUCCGAUUAGCAUUCGAGAAGGCAAUAGGGUCAGAAUUGGAGACUCCUUCGACCCAUCCCUCCGCCUUUAACGGCAAAGAUUGGGGUGCCCUUGAACUCUUCCGCCACUUCCUCUUCCAAGAAUCAGGGCUUUCCCAGGUUCCCAUCCUUAAUCCCAAAACAUUAAGAUGGGUUCAACCCAACAGUCUUGUCCGUUACCGUGGUAUGAUCCAAGACAUGUUGGGAAAUGAAUUCUAUGCCGGCGCUUAUAAGGAUGGAAAUUUAUGGCGGACCAACAAAUUCAUGGAUGUUUCUCAAUACCCAAUGGGUUCCUCUCCUGAUAUGUGUAUUUGGGAACGCCGCUUGCUCUACUGUGUUCCUGUCCCAGGACAGAAUUCAUGGACUGAACCUUCUAGUGAAAUGGAACCUAAUUGGUCAUCUCAAACCAGGGAGAAGCGGCGUAGGAUGGAUGACGAAGAUAAUGAUCCCAUGGAUUUGGUUCCUGAUGAUGAGAUUAAAAGCUCUCCAAUUACCAAGAAGAUGAGAGAAGAUGGACUUCCUUCCCCUUCACAAUCCAGGGAUACUAAAACUACAAGCUCUUCUUCUAUCACAAGUACAUUUCAAUCUGUUGACAAAGAUAACCUUCCUUGCCUAGUCAAGAUAUAUGAUUCUCCAGAAUCAGAAUUGAAGCUGAAUGAUGUUUUUGAAUUUAUUGGGGUCCUCACUUUUGAUUCAGAGCUUGCAGUUGAGAAAGAUGACAAUGAUGAGUUAUCAAAUAGUUUCUAUGAUGAUGCCCUGGUCCAUUUGCCCCCUAAUAAGGUCCCUCGCUUGCACUGUCUUAUACAUAGGAAGCUUGCAGUGCAGGACUUUCUGCCAGGUUCCCCAAUAAUACAGCCAAAGCCACAUUUGGUGAAAGAGACAAGGGAAGCUCUGUUCAGGCAUCUUACGGCUGUUCUUGGAAAUGAUGAGGUAGCUGCUCAUUUCGUGUUGUUGCAUCUUCUGUCCAAGGUUCAUGCUCGAGUAGAUGAUGUUGCAGUGGGGAAGCUGUCACUCAAUCUAACAGGUUUAAACAAAGAAAGUGUAUCUGUGUUUGGUACUCGACUUAGUGAUACAUUCAAAAACCUCCUACCAUUCACGAAUUGCAUGCCUCUCACACUGGAAUAUCUGAACAUUGCCUCGCUUGCCCCGAAAAAGGAUUAUCAAGCCAACAGAUUGGUUCCUGGCGUUCUUCAGCUACCCGAGGGCUCACACUUGAUGGUAGACGAGACCCGACUAGAAUCAGGAAGCCUCAAUUCUACUGGAAUUGAGAAUACAAAGUUGCUGAAAAAUCUCAUCGAGUUUCAAAAAGUGGAGUAUGACUUUCAAUACUAUAAAGUGGAAAUGGCAACGGAUGUCCAGUUACUUAUCUUCUCGGAGGGGAAAUCUAAUAUUGUUCCUGCUGAUGUUAUUGUACCUUUUCAACCUUCUUGUCUUGAAUCCACUGAAAUGCCAGUUGCUGAGGCACUAGAAGGUUGGAGAUGGUACUUGGCUACUGUUAGAUCAUUACCACAUUCCAUUGGAUCAGAAAUACAGAAGGUGGUAGAAGAUGAUUUGGUUGCAGCAAGACAAAUGGAUCGGAGCUUGGGAAGUCGAGAUUUUAGCAGAUGGUUGACGAUGGCUCGGCUCAUAUCGUCAAGUUUCGGAGAAACCAGUUUGUCAAAGGAACAUUGGGAAAUGGCCAAAGAAAUGGAGAGGCUAAGGAGGGAGAGACUGAAAUAGAAUCCGAAAGUCCACAAGAUUUUGAAGCUUUGGUAUUUGGUAAAUGAUUGUUGUCCCAAAGGGUGAUGAAAAAAGCAAAAACCAAAAUAGCAAACAUGGGGAUUGUGAUGUAUGAAUGUUGCCCAUCACCACUCUUAAAUAUAAUAUAUCAUCGAAUUUCUUAUGUAUUCUAAUUGCUGCCAAAGUUGAACUCAACUUCUUGUGGAAAUACAAUGCAAUCCGAGUCUAAAUCCAGUUCAUUUUACUGGCAA